UGGGUCUCUGGGGCGCCUGAUGCCCAAGGUGGUCACUCUGCGCAUGUUCAGAGGAGCCUGCUGUUGAUUGUUCUUGCCAUUCACAUUCUGCUCCUGCCCUGGUCUCAAUCUCUCUCUCUCUCUCUCUCUGCAGAUGAAAAAGUUCUACGAAGACGUCAUUGGGUACCUGAACGUCAAGGUGAUUUCUCUGAGUCCGGGCAGCAUCAUUGUGAAUCACGUGGUGAACCUGAGCCUGCCUGCCUCCGGAUUCAACACCUCUUACGAGCAAUCCCUUGCGCAGAUCAAGGAGCAGCUGGACACCAAUAAAUGCACCUGCCCACCAUGUCCAAAGGAUCCAGCUUCUGCCUCCAAUUCUUGCCUCAGCUGGAACAAGUUCAUUGUGACUCCAAACAAGCCGAACCUGACAGAUGUGUGCUACGUGAAGGACGAACAGCUUAAGGCCUAUUACGUGGCAGCCUUUGUGGACACCAGCGUCCAGUGCAUCUCCCCCUGCAACAGCCUGCACCCACACCACUUCCAGUGUGGGGAGGGCGCCUGCCAGAUGCAGCCCAAGGGGCCCACCUGCUUCUGCCCCCAGUCGGGCUCCUACUGGUUCUCCGGUCCGCACUGCGAGCAGCGGGUCAGCAAGGUGGGCCUGGCGGUGGGGGUGGCGCUGGGCCUGGCACUGCUGCUCCUCCUCCUCCUGGCCUUGGCCGCCCUCCUUUGCUGGCGCCGAUGGAGGUCCCCUGGCGAGAAGGGUCAACGGCUAGGGAAGUCGCCCGCGGAUGAGGAGGCCUGGUACGAGAACAGCCCCGAAUGGAGGCCCCCCGAGACGGCUCCCACCCAAAGCCCUGCCUCCGACAGCCCCAAUGACUCAGAGCCCUCUCGCAGCGAGGCAGGGAGCUCACCCCCAGAAGAAGGGCCGGAGAGAGGCACCUUCCGGCCCCGGCUGGACAAAGUGGACACUUCUCUGCAGGCACGGAUCGCCCGACCCCAAGUGACCCGCCUGUAAAGCGUGACCUGUCCAAAUGCUGGACUUGCAAUGCAGAUGGAUUGAAGCAUGGAUGGACACCUCUGUUUGAAUUUCGCCCCAUGCCCCUGCCCCCCAGGAGAGAUUGGAAGGAGAUUUUGCACUUUUAGGGAGGGGCUUCUUCCCCCUCCCAGACCCCCUCCUCUUUUCCUUCUUCAAUGACUGGCAACAGACCCACCGAGGGACUGGCGAGAACUUGGGGAAGUAAAUGGUUGCCAGAUGAUGUGACUGGUGCAAUAAUAAUAAU